AUGAAAGUUCUCCUUCUGAUCACUGCCAUCUUGGCAGUAACUGCUGGUUUCCCAGUCUCUGAAGACCAGGAAAGAGAAGAACGAAGUGUCAGUGGGAGCAAUGAAUCAACUUCACAGUUUUAUGGGCCCCCUUACCAAUAUCCAUUUGGCCUAUAUCCACCAUUCCUGUAUCCAAGAUAUCCAUGGUUUAGUUCUUAUUUCUGUGAACCUCAGCAGGGUGCAGAGGUGCAAAACCAGGAACAACCAACUUGCCAUGAAAAUGAUGAAAGACCAUUCAAUCAGAAAACUGCCAAGUAUAUCCCAUUUCAUUAUGUGCUGAAUAACUAUCCUCUCUAUGAACACACUUACUACCCACAUAGACCAGCUGUACCAAUUAAUCAUCAAUAUGUGCCUUAUCCAUAUUAUGCAAAACCAGUUGCAGUUAGGCCACAUGCCCAAAUUCCUCAAUGGCAAGUCCUGCCAAAUGCCUACCCACCCACCGUGGUACAUCGCCCACACCUACAUCCAUCAUUUAUUGCCAUCCCCACAAAGAAAAUUCAGGAUAAGACAGGCAUCCCUACCAUAAAUACCAUUGCUACUGCUGAGCCUACACUUAUUCCUACCACUGAACCAAGAGUGGACACUGUAGUCACUUCACAGGCUUUCACAGAAUUCACCAUCAUAAGCACACCUGAGACUACCACAGUUCCCGUUACUUCACCUAUGGUCUAAAAACUCUGAGGAAACAUCAAAGACAACACAGGUCUUGAUGAAGCUAAAUGACUAAACUCUCCUUUGGUCACUCAUCUACCUUCAUUCAAGAGAGAAUGUAAUUUUGAUGGAUUUGGCUCCUUUCUCUUCUCCCCUCACAUUUUACGUCCAUAUCACAU